CUGUUGUGGAAUUCAGUCCAGUCCAGAAAUUUCGCUUAGCGACACAGACGACAUCCAGAAGAAUUAAAUAUAAGCAGUUAUUUCCACCACACUUUAACACGAACGUUUCGAAGGAAGGUGCUUUAAGAGAAGAUAAACCAUGUACAUAUAUUUGCGAAUUAGUCUUCAUAUUUUCCUCGUGUAUAUCAUAAUGAUUAAAACCAGUACACUGAGAGUAUGUCGGAUAUGUCAACAGAAUUCCACUUGUUACCCACCAAAAUGUGUCUGUUGUAAAGAUUCUCUACCUACGAAUGGAGAAAAUAUAAAAGAUUUCCCACAAAUUGUUUAUUUCACAUUUGACGACGCUGUAACUCUUCAAACAACGAAAAUGUACAAGAAGUUGUUUUCGGCCGAGAGGAAGAAUCCGAAUGGAUGUCGAAUCAAGUUCACUCUAUUUGUUUCUCACAAUUACACGGACUAUCACCUCGUGAAUGAAUUUUAUAAACAAGGAAUGGAAAUAGCUUCUCAUAGUGUAAACCACAGAAGUGAUAUAAAUCUUGUUCAAGUUAGAAAGGAAAUACUUGGACAAAAAGACAACUUAGUGCGUUUCGGAAAUGUUCCUAAAGAGGAGAUUAUCGGGUGGAGAAGUCCUUUCCUUAAACCUUUCGGAGACAAACAGGUUGAAAUUCUCAAAGAAGGUGGAUAUAUUUAUGAUGCAACUCUAACUUAUUCUAAAAGACACAGAAAAGCAAUAUAUCCUUUCACGCUGGAUUAUGGCUGGCCAUUUCGUUGUCAAAUCCCAAACUGUCCUGAGAUGCAACAUCCUGGCUUUUGGGAGGUACCUGUUGUGUCUGUGACAGAUAAAAACACACUGUAUGACUGUGUAUACACUGAUGGUUGUACUUUUCCACCGACAACCUAUGAAGAAGCUUAUAGAUAUUUAUGGAACAAUUUUUUGGACUAUUACAAUGGAAAUAGGGCUCCAAUGGGUGUACAUAUGCAUGCAGCUUGGUUUUUCUAUAAUUACCCCGAUGAUCCAUACCGUUUGAAAGCAAUGGACCGAUUUAUUCGAGAACUUUUGAAAAAACCAGAUGUUCACAUCAUCACGAUCAAGCAAAUGUUGGAAUGGGUUAAAAAUCCUGUUAAAAACUCUGAGAUUAAUUCAUUGAAAUCUUGGCAAUGCGAUUCUUCAAAUGAUUUUAUCAAAAAUUUCUUGCAGCAGUACAAAUAUAAUGAUAUUCACAAAAAUGAGAGCCUAUUACAAAACCAAUUCAAACCAUAUUUGAAGGAGAAAUAUACUGCGAAGGAAAAUCGAUUAUAUAAUAUAUCAAUAUUAGAAGACAGUGAUAAUAUCGCAAGUGGUUCAAAUUCCGACAACUUAUGGAUGUCUCAAAACAAACUAACAGAUUAUAAAGAAAGAAGAGCAAAAGAAGAAAUAAAGUCUCUUAACACCGGGGCAGAAUCAAGAAAGAAACCAAUGCCAGUAACUGAACAUGUUAAGACGAAGACCCGUGAGUGGGUAGCUAGAAAUUUUAACUUAACUGAUGGCUGGAAUCAGAAUGAUCAAUCUCAAUUUUCCAGCUACAUCAAAGAAUCAGUACACAAAGAACACUUAAAACAGAUGAAUACCAAGGUCUCCCAGCAAAAUGGCAAGGAAAACAAGAAGAAGAAAAUAUAUAAUCAGAAACAACUAACAAAAAACGUUGACCAUUCUAGAAUAUUUUCUGGAAGUUAUUUCCCAAGAUAUCAUAUUAAUCAGCCAAAAGAUUUCCGAGAAAAACUAGAUGUGUACAAGAAUGGAACAGUCGUAUCAAUGGAUAAAUCAGAAAUUUUCUUUAAAACUCCCCAAAAUAAAACGCUAACAAGACAUUUGCAAGGACGAACGUCUCAGAACAUCCUAAUGAGAUACACUAACACUAAAAGAAACCGUUUAAACAUCUUAACAGUUAACCAAUCAUCUAGCUUGGGUUCUUUAAUGACUAGUAGAAGUAUUAAUAACAACAGCAGUGGAAACAACAAUAUCGAUAUCAACUCACCAUAUAUAAGAAGGAAUACAAGCUUUGCUUUAGACAAACAGGUACUAAAAGCACUUCACCAAGCUGAUGAUGUAUGGAAAACAUCAGUUAUUGCUAACGAAACUAGCCAACCAUUUAAAAGUAACUUCCAGGCUAGAGCUGGUGUUGGAAAUCAGGAAUUUAGCUCUAGAUAUUCAAAGAGAAUAUCCAUUAAAAGCAAGAAUGUGAAGAACAAUACGUUUAAGACAUGUCAGCAGGGAAAGAAUUGUUUAUUGCCUUAUUGUCGUUGCAUGAAUGCUAAUGUAGGUAUAGCUAAGAUGGACGAUAUUCCUCAAUUUGUGUAUUUCACUUUCAACGGACCUAUUACUAAUCAAUUCUUUUACAGUAUGAUCUCUUUGUUUAAUCUAUCGCAUCUAAACCUCAGAUGUCCCAUAAAAGCUACUUACUUUGUUUCGGAUGAAGGCACUAGUUAUGACCUCGUCAGAAAAUUAUAUGAAGCUGAUAUGGAUAUUGCCCUUCAGGGGAAUAGUACUUCGUUCUACUCAAACAAAAGUAUGUUAGCUUUAGAUAUUCAAAGCCAAAAGUUUAAAAUGACUCAUGGUGCUGGUAUCCCAGCUAUUAAUAUAACUGGUUGGCGUUCUCCAAGUAUGUUUCCUUUGGGCGAUGAUCAAAUGAAGAUUUUGCAAAAAGAGCAUUUUAUUUACGAUUCGACGUUGAUUUACAAACAAGGUUGUUAUAGGUGGCCUUUCACUCUUGAUUUUGGGUGGGGAAGAACUUGUCCCAUUGGAAAAUGUCCAACUGGCAAUUUUUACGGAUUUUGGGAAGUUCCAGUAAUACCACUAUUAGACAAAUAUAAUUACACUUGCGUCUAUGCCGACGGCUGUUUAUUUAAUCCAACUACUGCAAAAGAUACUUUGGAUUUUCUUCUGAAAAAUUUAGCAGUUCAUUACCAAGAGAAAAUUCCCUAUGGAGUCCAACUGCGACACGACUGGUUCAAUCCCUCACAGAGGCACAACUUGGAAGGUUUGAAAAACUUUAUCUCUAAAUUGGUUAACAUGUCUGAUGUUUAUAUUGUCAGUAUUGCAGAACUUAUCCAGUGGAUUAAGCAACCAAAAACUUUGCAACUAAUGAAAGAAAAAACGUGUUGAA